AUGGAGGAGUGCAGAGAAGAAAAAAUACAGCAGAAACAACACAUCGCGGAGCUGAGACAGAACGCAGCGCUGCUUCUUUCUCGGUUUCAGGCUGCAACACAAAAAACAAACAUGUUUUCGUCUCAUCAGCUCAUGCCGGGGGAUGCAGCAGAACACCCAGCCAUCGACUGCUACUGGAUCAAGCAGAAGACCCCUCACGCUGUCUCCGGCUUUUACUGGGUUCAGCCUCGCUGUGCAAAGAAAGCUCUACGGGGAUACUGCGACAUGGACUCAGGCAGCUUAAUAUAUGUGCUGCAGCAGCAGGACAUCCCGCGUGUUGCUGCUCGGCCCCCGGGCCUCCUCUCUGCUGCUGCUGACAUUCGUCUUGCAUGCGGCUCGCUUGGCCUCGAGGCCUUCGUUCCCCGCAGCUUCUCGCAGCUGCACAGCGCCGUCACCGCCAUCGAGCUGAUGGGGAUCCAGCUCGAGGGAGAGGAAGAGAUACCCAUCGCCUUCGACUCAGCCUGCAGCUACGGGCAGUGCAGCGCGACGUUCCGGGAUCUCCACGACGGCACAACGGACCUCACCGGGCUUGUCCUUUCUCUCGCUGCUGCAGACACCAGCGCCACUGCUGCUUCAGAUACAGCAGUUGGCGUGUGUUUGUGCUUGUUUGUUUUUUUUCUGUAUUCACCUUUCUCGUCGCUUUCUUUUGGCUUCAGCCCGGCUCUGCCUCUGCGUUGCGAGGAUGUUAUGGAGGGCCACGAGGCGUUUCGGGGGUCCUUGAACACGAAUGUGCUUGUGGAGUGCCCCGCCGGGUGUACAGACACCGACACCACCACGGCUCCUCCAGUAUUUGGUUCUGGCGGCGUUUACUCUGGCCGUAGCGGCAUCUGUGCUGCUGCAGUUCACGCGGGGAUCACCAGCGACGACGGCGGCGUCUUUGUUGCUUCUAUUGAGUCUCCGCUUUUCUCUUUUGAGGGGUCGAAGCAGAACGGGGUGGAGUCGCUGGCCCUCGAGUUGCCGUCAGGCGAUGCAACAACACGCACCAUGAGGCUCUCAAAGAUCAGCGAGGAAUGCCCAGAAGGCCCCGCCGGAUAUGCAGCAGCCUCUGCGUCGUCUCUGCAUGCACGGCCUCUGACAUCCUUUGUCGAGCUGACGACACGUAUCCGCGCCGUGUCUCCCGCUGCUGCUCCCGCCUACGACCCGGCGCUUGCUGCAGCUGAGGAAGCAGCCAAGGAGCGCAUAAGUAAGUUUCGUUGCUGCACCUGA